GUACUGCCCCUGCUAACACAGACGUCCAUAGGUGACUGUAUUAACCAAGUUGAGCUUCAGGAUAAAUGGCAGCCCAGUAAGGUUGACCGUGACAAUCAAAUCGAUGAUAAUGACAACACUAGUCUAAGUAGGCCAGACAAGCCAGCAACCAGAUGGGCCGCUUCGGCAACUGUGGAGAGCAGGACGAAGGAUGUGGUGGUAUCCUUCUCACCUAUUGGAGGGGAUCCAAUUAUAGAUGUGCUAUCGGCGGACGUUAAACACACAUUAAAAAUCAAAUA